GACUGAGCCUGGGGAUAGAAUCGCUGAUGAACCUGCUCUACAGGGUGAGCCAGCCCACACCCAGGGGGCAUGCCGCUGGGGGAGAAGGAGGGGGGUAGUGUAAAGGGCUAGACCCUACUGGGUGCCUCGAGACGUCAAGACGUCUCUCAGAUCGAAACUAUUCAGGAAGUGGGUCAUGGACGAACGAGACCACGUGAUCAUCUGGCCAUGAAAGUAGGUAUGUGUGUGUGUGUGUGUGUAUUCGGAGAACCAUGUAUGCUGCAGCACUACCACCGAAAAAUCGCGACCAUCUGCUCGCGAUCCCCCUGACGACGAUCGAGCAUAAUACUGCCGCCCCCCAGAUUCCCCCAAAGCCAGCUGGACUUGGAGCUACAAAGCCACAUCUCAGCGGCAGUAGCUUCGCGCACAGCGCAGAUAAAGUCCACAGGAGAUGAAGUCAUGGAGCUUGUCUCUACAGUCAACCAAAAAAUCGCCUACUGGGAAAAGAAAAGCCUCAAAGGAGCUGCCUCCCUGGGCAAAGACAUCAGAACCCUGGUCCUCAACUUCAGCAAGAACCUGGUGACUGGACACCUUGUUGAAGCAGAGGAGAAUCACCAACCCCCUCCCUCUGAAAACAACAACUAUGCUGAAGCUGCUAAGAAAACACCCAAUGCCCCCAAGGCACACCCCAAAAUACCUAAGACUCCUUAUAAAGCAUUGCAACAGGAAAAGCCCCCCCCUGCAUCUUCCUACACCUCCCUGAGAAUCACCCAGCCCGCCGAGCUAGCCCACACGCCACCAUGGACAUCUUGAGGAAACACUUG